AUGGAUGCGUAUUCCUCCAAAUUGUCACCAGCGCUGGACAUAGGUGCUGGUUUCUAUCUGCUCAUCAUAGCGGUGUUGUCCAUCAUAGGAAACCUGCUGGUCCUGAUUAUGGCAUUCAAGAGGUCAUCAAGCAUGAAGCCACCAGAGCUUCUGAGUGUGAAUCUGGCAGUGACGGACCUAGGAGCAGCUGUCACCAUGUACCCUCUGGCUGUAGCCUCAGCCUGGAGCCAUCACUGGCUCGGGGGAGAUACUACCUGUGUUUACUAUGGCUUGGCUGGAUUCUUCUUUGGAGUGGCCAGCAUCAUGAACCUGACAGUUAUAGCUAUAGUGCGCUUCUUUGUUUCCUUCAGUCUGCUGUCUCCUAGGGAAAAGAUCAGUCGGGUGAAGGUGAAGAUCCUAUGUUUGUGGACCUGGCUGUACGCCUUACUCUGGGCUUUGCUCCCCAUACUGGGCUGGGGAAGGUACGGCCCAGAGCCUUCUGGCCUAUCCUGCUCGCUGGCCUGGGGAAACAUGAAGGAUGAGGGCUUCUCUUUCGUCAUCUCCAUGUUCUCCUUCAACCUGGUGAUGCCCUCUGUGAUUAUAAUCUGCUGCUACUUUGGCAUUGCCAUCAAGCUUUAUCUUGCCCAAAAAAAUUCACUCAGCCACAGCAAUCAUAUUCCCAAUAUUGUCAGGAUGCAUCGGAGGUUGCUGAUAAUCGCUGUUCUGAUCAGUGCUGGCUUUAUAGGCUGCUGGGCACCCUAUGGUGUAGUAAGCAUGUGGUCCCUUUACCGUGACAGUGCUACCAUCCCCCCUGAAGUCAGCCUCUUGCCCUGCAUGUUUGCAAAGAGCUCCACCGUAUACAAUCCCUUGAUCUACUAUACCUUCAGCAAGAGCUUCAAAAGGGAGGUGAAGCAGUUGGGCUGGCUGUGUGGAGGCUCAGUCGCCUGCCAUGCCGCCAACAACAUCAAUGAAAAUGGCAUCGCCAUGGUCAGUGGUGAGACCAAGGCCAAGGUUUCCAGACCUAAUGAAACAAACUUAUAG